UUCCGCCGCGGAGACACGUGAAGGUCGGUGAGUUGGUGCGGAGUUUGUCUCGGCACGCGUGGCCGCGCUGGGAUGGAGUCCUCCUCGUCUUCCUCCGCAGCGGGUUUGGGUUCGGUCGACCCGCAGCUGCAGCAUUUCAUCGAGGUAGAGACUCAGAAGCAGCGCUUCCAGCAGCUGGUGCACCAGAUGACGGAACUUUGUUGGGAAAAGUGCAUGGACAAGCCUGGGCCAAAGUUGGACAGUCGGGCUGAGGCCUGUUUUGUGAACUGCGUUGAGCGCUUCAUUGAUACAAGCCAAUUCAUCUUGAAUCGACUGGAACAGACCCAGAAAUCCAAGCCAGUCUUCUCAGAAAGCCUUUCUGACUGACCUGAGUAUUACCUCUUUGGAAAAGGAAGAACUGAGCAUCUUUGAUCAUCCUGGCAGAGUUGUUGUCUGGGAGAACAAGAAAAAAGCAAGAAGUCACUUCAUGAAGCUAACUAGUUGAUAAAGUGGCAGAGCUAAAGGAGCAUGUAAUGUUAAGAAGUUUGAGUUUUAUGUUGCAAUCAAUGGAUAGCUGUUGGAGAAUUUUAAAGUGGAAUAAUAUAAUAUUUGUACUUGUUUCAUGACAAAAGUACUACCUGCAUGUUUUAAAACUUUCAAACAAUAUAGAAUUGCUUACGAUAAAUGAAAGUCCUCCCCUUACCCUCAUAUAUGCAUUUAGAAAGAUCAUUUUUACAGCUAUAUGGUAGUUGAUUAAGACUAGGAGAAUAGUAAGGGUAUUUCGUUAGUUCAGGCAAGAGACUGUGGAGGAUUGAAUUCAGAUAGUGGAAGUGGGGAUGGACAGGAGGGGACAUGUUAGGAAUAUGAGGGAGCUGUGAGAGAAAUCUGGAGUAAAAUGGAGAGGGAGUAAGACAUUAUAGGGAAAGAGGUAGGGGAUAGAAUAAUGUGCCAGUGAGACCAUGCCUUGGGACUCAAAGGGCAGCAGAAGUGACUGGGAAGAGAGGGAGAUAACACAACUGAUAACGUUGAACAGGCUUCAGAGAGGAAGUUACACAAAUGGCCAUCCCCAUGGGUAACCCCUGGAAUUUAUUGCUGCCCUCCAAUUUGAGGAACAUAAGCAUAUCACCAAAGUCAAAAGAUUACUCACAAUGUUCUAUAAACUUUUCAUGGGAAAAGUUAGAAACAAGCCAAGAGGAAAAGAAAGAUAAAAUAUUAUUUGAGUUUUAACAUUGUAUUCUGAUGAAGCAAGGAGGAAUGAGUAGAAAGAUAAAAAGGAAAAAAAGUGGGGAGGCAGGGAGUCAGCAGUACAGUCAUCCCUACAGAGGGAUUGGUUCCAGGACAACCCCCCCACCCCUGCAGAUACCAAAAUAUGCAGGUGCUUGAGUCCCUUAUAUAAAAUGUAGUAUUUGCAUAUAACUUACAUCCUGCUGUAUGUAUAUUUUAAAUCACCUCUAGAUUACAUAUAAUGCCCAAUACAAUAUAAUGUAAGUGCCAUGUAAAUAGUUGCCAGAGUUCAGGAAAUUAAAAGUUUUGCUCUUUGGAACUUUCUGGAUUUUCUUCCAAAUAUUUUCAAUAUGCGGUUGGUUAAAUCCACAGAUGUGGAACCUGUGGAUACAGAGGGCCUACUGUAUUUGUUAAACUGUCCUUCAGACCUAUAGUUAUUUCCUUAAAGCUUAAACCAUUUGCUACAUAACAUGACUGACCUGUGUAUUAAACCAGUAUUGUUCAAAUUAAAAAUCUCAGGUGGUCAUGAUAUUGCUAGAUGUACCUUGUCACUACAAAGGAAACAUCAACACGGGUUAGUUGCAACAGCUAUCCAUCAUUAUGUGGCAGCAUACACCACCAGGUUGAAAGAGCUGAUCCCCAUUUUUCAAGCAUUUUCUUUUUUUUCUUUCCCUUAGGCAGGUCCCAGGGAUGCUUUAUUUUCUUCUUUUCUUGAAGCUGCCAACACUUUGAGGUUCUUCCCAUCAGAUUAACUAUAAUUCCUAAUCACUCCAUUCUCCACAAGACAAACAUAUAGGCUCUUAACAUAGUAAGGGUUUUGCUUUGAAUCACCAUGGGAGAAUAGACAUGGGACAACAUGCAGAAUAAAUACAGGGAAGUUACAAAGGUUACAGAAUUUUACAAAUUUCUAACAAUCAACUCUGAUUCAUAUUCCCUUCCUUACUGAUACAGUGAUUACCAAGAUCUCCUUCGGUCUUUAUUCUUUAGUGGGCUUUCAGCUUCCCCACUUCACACAAAACUCAGAAGUGAAAAAAGAAAGGGUUAUUAAUUUUGUCUACAUAAAAAAUUAUGAACAGCAAAAACUUCCAUAAGCAAAGUUAAGAGAAAAACAAAUGGGGAACAAAUAUUUGAAACUUUUCUACAAAGGACCUAAUUUACUUCUUAUAUAAAGGGCUCCUACAAGUCAAUAAUAAAAGAACAGUCACUCGAUAGAUGGGCAAAGGAUAUAAGGAGACAGCACAAAGAAAUAGAAAUGCAAAUGGCUCUUGAACAUGUGAAAAGAUGUUUAUAUUUAAGAGAAAUUUUUAAAACCUGCACUGAGAUAUCAUCUUUGUGGGUGCAAGGAAGCAGGUACUCUUUACUGGUCAGAAUGUAAAUUGGUACCACCUCCAUGGACAGCAGUUUAGCAAUAUCUACCAAAUUGAUAGAUGUAUAAACCUAUUCCAGAAAUCUGACUUCUAGAAACUCAUCCUGCAGAUAUACUCACAUGUACAAAAUGAGGAACCUCUUUAUAUACUGAUAUGGAAUGAGCUCCAAUACAUAUUAAAUUAAAUUAAAACAGCAGUAUUUAAGACACAAUAUGCUACCAUUUGUGCAAAAGGGGGGGAUUAAAAUACAUGUACACAUUUGCUUGAAUAAGCAUAAAUUAUCUCUUGAAGGAUAUUGUUAACAUUGAUUGCAGGGAGAGGAACUGGGUGUUUAGAGAGUAGGAGUGAGAGGGAGACUUUUUACUAUAUAUCUUUUCUCUAUGCCUUUUGAAUUUUGAAUCAUGUGACUAUAUUACUUAUUCAAAAAUUAAUAUUUUUUGGAAGAAAAAUCAAACUCUCAUUUUUAUAUAUUCUUGUACCCAGUAGUUUGUAGAUCCUCUUGGAUUUUUCUAGUAGAAAAUAAA